AUGACCAGCGUACUCAAAGGCGGCUUCGGUUCGCCCAAUAGCGCCCCUUUGCUCAACAACGCAAACCCCGGUACCGAGUUCGUCAACACGGUAUGUCCGCUCAAGUCAGCGCUUGACGGCUACGACAACCGGCUCCCCUGCAGCAUGCAGACGAUCCACGUACCACAAAACUUUGCCGACGCUAUGACGGUUCGCGAGGAAGUCUACGGUGAACAGGGCGUACCGUUGGAAGCCGAAUUCGACCAAGACGACGCCCGCAGUUGGCACUGGGUUGCCUAUGCGUCUGUAGCUACACACACGACCUCGCCACCCAAAACACUGCGUCGCUCCGACUCUGGAAACACGCCUGCUGAUGACGUUCGCCGCGCUUCUGCAACCGCUACACGCGUGCCUGUCGCUACCAUCCGACUGAUCCCCCCGCCCCACGGCCGAAACAAAUACAUCGACGACAAGCACGCCGACGCCGACCCCCCAGCCUCCGAUGAACACCACCACCCCACUGAACCCUACAUCAAGCUCGGCCGCCUCGCAGUCCGCGCCCCCUACCGUAACCUCGGCCUCGCCAAACUCCUCAUCAACGCCGCCCUCGACUACGCCACCACGCACGCCGGCCUCAUCUACCGGCCGCCCUCCCCCACCGCCCUUGAACUCGCCCAAAUGCUCGGCAUCAACAAGGAAAAAGAAAUCACCUGGCAGGGUCUCGUCAUGGUCCACGCUCAAGCCCCUUUACGCGGCAUGUGGGAGAAGCAUGGGUUCCACGAGGAAUUGCUGUCGGAAGACGGGGAGCGCGUGGAGAUUGCUGCUGAGCCGCAUUGGGUGGAAGAAGGGAUUGAGCAUUUGGGCAUGUGGAAGAGGUUAGGUGUGGAGAAAAGGAAGAGGUUGUCGCUUUCUUCAAUUGAGUCUUUUUAG